AUGACCACAAAUCCUCAUGUUCAUGAGAAUCUAAAGGCAAUUCAAAAGGCUUUGAGUAAUUACGAUAUGUCAUUUUUGUCGGAUGAUGAAGAGGACUUUUGUCCCCUGUGUUUGGAACCGAUGGAUAUAACAGAUAAGAAUUUCAAGCCCUGUCCGUGUGGAUACCAAAUUUGUCAGUUUUGCUACAAUAAUAUCAGACAAAACGAAGAACUAAAUGGACGUUGCCCAGCAUGUCGUCGAAAAUACGAUGAUGAAAGCGUCGAAUACGUUGUUUUAACUUCAGAAGAACUGAAAAUGGAAAGAGAGAAACAAUCAAGAAAGGAAUGGGAAAGAAAACAGAGGGAUAAAGAAAGAAAAGAAUACGAAAAUGCGAACAGGAAACAUUUAGCAGGUAUGAGGGUGAUUCAAAAAAAUCUGGUGUAUGUGGUCGGCAUUAAUCCACCUGUACCCUACGAGGAAGUUGCGCCACUACUAAAAUCAGAUAAAUAUUUUGGUCAAUAUGGUAAGAUUAGUAAGAUAGUGGUCAACAAGAAGACUCCUCAUUCCAAUAAUGAUCACUAUCAUUCAAAUGCGACUUUCACGGGUUACGGUGUUUAUAUCACUUUCUCAAAGAAGGAAGAUGCUGCGAAGUGCAUUGCUCAGGUUGAUGGUACAUAUAUGGACGGUAGACUAGUUAAAGCUGCGUAUGGCACAACCAAGUAUUGCUCUUCAUAUUUGAGGGGCUUGACCUGUCCUAAUCCGAAUUGUAUGUUUCUUCAUGAACCAGGUGAAGAGGCUGACUCAUUUAAUAGAAGGGAAUUGAGCAAUAAGCAGCAGCCUUCACAGCAGGUGACAUCACACCAACAACAGCAAUCACAGUCACAGAUACAAGCACAAGCACAAGCACAAUCACAGGCACAAUCGCAAACCCAACAGGCAACAACGCGAACUCAUCUAGCAUCAACCAUUUAUAAGAAUACUUCGAAUACAGUACCUACUGCAACAGGUAACUUUUCGGGAACUCCAUCACCUGCUUUGAUUAAGACUCAACUUCACCAUCAAGAUCAUCAUAUGAAUGGUACCGGUUCGUCCACACCGAUUUUAACUCCUGCUACUAUACCAGCAGGAUCAAAUCCUUGGGGAUUAUCACAGUCUGCUAAUCAAGUUUCUGUUUCGAAAAAUGCCAGCACUCAUAAUUUACCAACUCUAACGGAUGCGCUAAAUCAUCAACAGAGCAAUAUUGCUAAUAACAGUAUCCAUAAUAACCAAAAUAAUAAUAAUAACAUUGUUAGCAGUAAUGCACAAACGGAGCAGUUGGCCAACAGGAAGAAGCAGCAUUCAGCUAGGGAAAAACGUUGUAUUGACCCAUACGAUGCCUUGAGUGGUGCUGUUAAAUUUUUGGAUGAUAGAAUUGCAUCUCUUUCUAAUUAUCAGACACGUUCUUUAAGCUUGAGACCGGAUUUGAUCGAUGAUGCGACUUUCAACAAAUACCCAUCAUUAUUUUCUUGGGAUAAUAUCGAGAUUUCCCAGGAAAGUGAUCAAAUUUUGACCGAAAAACUGAUAGAUAUGUUAGCAAUCAAUCCGGUAGAUCAUACAGCAUCUGUUGUUUCAUUCUUCCAAAAUGCAAAUGUUGGGGCUUUCCCACAGUCUAUUCCUCAACAACCUGUUCCCCAACAUUCUCAACCACAGUCGCAUUUACAACAGCAACAAGCUCAACAGCGUCCUUUAAAUGUCAAUACACCUCCUCCUCCCGGUAUAUUUUCUACACAGCAGAUCCCAAUCCAAAUGCAACAACAGCAACAGCAACAGCAACAGCAGCAACAGCAAGCUUCUGCAGAUAACAGACAAUCGAUUAAUUCCACCGAUUUUUUAAACCAACUGAUUAGCGGUAGAAGAGUCGCUGCCGGAAAUUAA